AUGAUUAAACUGACUCUAAAUUUAUUUUUAAUCAUUCUUUUUUCUUGCCUCUUGACAUCAUCCAUUGUUGUUGAUGGUUUUCAUAGACCACCAAAACCACAUAAACCACCUAAACCACAUGAACCAUGCACUAUCGUUCCCAUUCCCACUACAACUUCCAUGCCUACGAAAACUGUAACAACUACCGAAUUUACUCUAGUUGAAUGCGAAACAACUCCUCCUCCUGUCGUUACUUGCCCUAGUACUCCGAUUGUUAGUGGAAAUACCGCUUAUAUUUCUUGCACUGAAUAUAGCACUGAAUGCGUUACUACUUUAUGA